AUGCCACCUACCACGGCCGUAUCUGUCACCUCCACGGCCGUCGAACGCACGGCAACCACUCUCGAGGCUAUCCGAAGUAAAAUACCAACCAAGGACGCAAAGGAGCGGGUAGAGGCGAAAUACGAUGUCGUCCUCGACUCUCUCGCAUGGACACCUGGACGUGCUGUCGAAGGUCCCGGCCUCGACCGCACGAACGUCUUCCCUGUAAACGCCCACCCAAACCUUGAGUUGCACUCGGCCGCCGCCAGUGGUAACAUCGGCCUCGUGCACUACGCCCUGACGCACGGACAGCCCGUCAACUCGCUCCUCCACGGAUGCCUGCCAAUACACGCUGCCAGUUCGGGUGGAAGCGUCGGUGUCGUACGCAUGCUGCUCGACCGGGGUGCGGAUGUGAAUGCCCCCCGGUUGCCGCGGCGGUACAGCGGCGACACGAAGCGGUCCGGAGCUCCGGCAGUCGGCACUGCUGGAUCUACGCCACUGCACUUCGCUGCCGCGAACGGCCAUGCACAGGUCGUCCAGAUUCUGCUUGCAUCCGGCGCAGUGCCGGACAAGCAGGACAAGAACGGGCUGACACCGGAGGACCUCGCUGAGAUGAGCGGGUACAACGAGGUCGUCCACACUAUCCGAGUAUGGUACCAGAUCAACGGCCGGGCAUCGACGUCUGCGUCGGCCGUCAACGUCCGAUCAAGAGCAAACUCGUUCGCCAGCAAUCAAUCAGACGUGACCGAAGCGUCUGUCUCCGGAUCGUCUGCCCGAAAAAGCAAGGAACGAGCGUCGAGCAUGGUCAGCGCUGCUUCCGAGAAGGGCCUCCGGCUAUUGCGCGGCAGCUUUGACGGCAAGUUCCAGCGCAACGGAUCGUCAACGAACGAUGUUUCCGGCGCACUUAGAAGCGAUGGCAGCGACAGCGGUUCGAUCGCCACGCCGUACAUGGAGCCUAUCAACACUUCUGACCUUCCGUCACCAGUCGGUGGCGACCUCAGUUCACCAGGUGGAGACGAGGACACGGAAGAGACGAUUACGCCUGACACGCAUCAGCCGCCGACGCCGACUUCGCCUGUAGACACGGUGUCACCGAAUUUCAGCAAAGAGAAGACGUCACGAAGACCGUCCCUUCCUUCCAUCUUGGAGAAGGCUGCUCACCCCGGUGUUGCGUUCCGGAAUCGUAUGCGCAAGGUCGAGGGCGGUCAGAACACUGGUGCCAUUGCCGAGCACUGUGAGGAUGCGCCGGAAUCGUCACAACACGACGAUCAGGCAUCGGGCAUUCGUGGAAGACUCCGGCCCUCGGAGAUCAAGGCCAAGAUGGACAAGGCCAAGGUCGACAAGCAGGCGAUCUUGAAGAUGUUCAAGCGCGACUACUCACCGCCUUCGCGAAGCCCGAGUCCGCCGCCCCGUCGGGCAGAACCCGCCCCUCACCCGGCACAAGUCGAACACGACAUUGCCCGACUUCGACGUGCUUCGAUGGACCCGGACCUGUUCCAGAUGGCCAUGGACGCUCAGACCCUGGGCGAGCGACUGGAAAUGUCUGCUAUCACUACCUCGGCUCCGGCGGCUAAGACGCGGUUCUUUGAGAGCGUCCCGCCCAGUCCUUCUGUGACAUCGUACUCGGACCGCCAGCCGGCCAAGACCAAUGGCGCCGACCGGCCCGGAUGGGAGCGCCGUCUCUCGCGCCACAGCACGAUUAGCCCGAGCCCUCUUGCUAAUGAAUGGGGACGCAGUGAAUCGAGCGAUGGUCCCAGGAACGCUACGGUCCGCCGCACGCUGACUGAGGUGCGCAAGCCUUCUGGCGAGCACAAGGGCCCUCGACGCAUGCCGAGUGCGCCUUCCAUGCCCUCCAUGACCAGCCAGUCCAUCGCGGCGUUCAAGGAACGCCAGUCGCUUUCUCACACGCCUUCCAUGACGGCCAGGAACGGCGAAUCCUUGACCGCAGCGUCCUCGGGUGAUGGGAUCGACAGUAGCGUCAUCGUGCCUAAGCUUGAGGCGCUGGCCCAGAGCCGCAGCCGAGAGACUACGGAAUCCUCGCCACACGAGGGCAGCUCGACCUCCACUGCACUCCCGCCUCCCAGCACCUCCUCCGUUCUCGACACGCCAUCCACCGAGGCCGGCACCGACGCUACACCGACUGCGCCGUCAGGUCUCAAGACACCGCCCGAAGUGGCUGUAUCCGAGUACCUCGAGCCACCGCAGGCGGAAAACGAUGCUGUCGAAGCGAGCGUCAAGUCGGACCAGACUGGCCGCUUCCGCGGCGAGAGCAUUGGCUCCAACCAGACCGACUCGACCGGUGGCGUCUUAACGACACCGCCUUCCUCUCGCGUCCUCACCCCGCCCGGCUCGCGACACCCAUCUGUCGGCGACGAGCUCGACGUCCGCUGCAUGGGAUUAGUGCCUACUGAGAGUAAUGCUCUCCCGGGCAUUCCGAGGACGAGCGAGAGCUCCCUGUCUGCUAUCGCUGCCAAGUUCCCGCCCGUGCCGGAGAACGGUCUCGCCCGCAACAUGCCAUCGUCUGCGCCACCCCGACCGCCCGUCCGAACGAUCUCGUCUCAUGCCGAGGCGAAGACGGCGAUGGAGCAGGCGGAGCGUGAUGUUUUGGAGUUGGCGCAGGUGCCCGACACGGCGAGUGCGAACCGCGACCUCGCUUCACAGCUCGCGGCGUACGGCGAGACUCACGCCAUUGCCCAGGAGUUUGAGCGCGCCGAGCGUCGCACGUCACGCACGUCGCGCAGCAGCUCGGACCGCACGAGCCAGAUGUCGAGCCACCUGUCGAUGACGGAUCGCGUUGAGCGACACCGUGUCUCGUCGCACCCGCCGCAUCCGAGAUCCGUCCACAGCCGCAGCGGCUCUGUUCCGUCGCCCUCGCUCGAAUCGGCUUCCGAAGCUUGGAUGCCGAUGCCGGUCAACCACAUCUACGACCGCCGCGAGCAGGCUUACCGGGAGCGCCUGAAUGCCCUGACUUCGGCUGCUGCCGCGACUACCGCACACCACCGCCUGCCGACCAAGUCGCAGCGCUACGGCCACAUCUCUGACAUGUGGGCAACCGGGCAGUCCUCUUCUAGUCUGCAGCGCCGCAUCACAUCUCCGUCGCACCGCAUGAACGGUGCCGCGCCCACCAAAAACGGCACGUCCGGUAGCGGCACGUACCCGUCGUCGCUCAGCGUGACUCCGAGCCUGAACAACAGCCUCAGCAACAGCAUGGCGAGCGGCGGCAAGCCGAUCAUGCGCUCUUCGUCGCUGACUCGCCCGACCAAGCCCGGUGGUCUCCGCAACGAUGCCCGUUAUCAGGGCCUCGCGGCUGCACGUUCGUACGCCGCCACCUCGCCUCAUGCCGCGGCUGUGCGUCCGCGCCACAAGUCGGACGGGCACGACGACCGCCAGUCGAGCGAGGCUGAGCGCGACUCGCCCGUCGUGCCGAACGGCUUUGUCCUCCCCGACUACCCCCAGCGCAAGGUAUCGCGCAAGCAGAAGUUCAAGACGGCCCUCGGUAACCUGACCCGGCGAUAG